GAUCCGCUCUCGUCAAGCGGGCGACGGGGUGGGGAUUCUGCUCAGGUGAUCGGCGCUCGUUCUUCUUCUUUGGAAUCGAUCGCAUCCUUUUUCGAUCGUGUUGAUUGAUUGUUCUUGUUCUUGAUCGUGUUUUUCUCUUGCCGGUUCCUUUGAAGAUCGGGAUCUGGUUUUCUAUCUUGCUAUUGUUCGAUCGCCUUUCCUCGGUUGAUCACCGUUUCUUGUCCCGUUAUUGUCGCCUUCGAUGAAAUCUUUGAUCUGACCGCGUAAAUCAAAAUAUUCGUGGGCGGAAUCGGACCGGGCACAUGUUCCGUUGUCUUCACUCGAUUGUACUUCUUGUAGGCUGGAUCUUGUUCUUGUGCUCGAUCGUGUUUGUUCUUGCCGGUUCCUUUGAAGCGCUGGAUCCAGAUCUCCAUCUUGCUAUUGCUUGAUCGCCUUGCUUCAUUGGGUCUGUGAAUUAGCAGGGUUUUUGGGUUGAUCGGCCUUUCUUGUUCCGUUAUUGUCGUCGUCGAUGAAAUCCUUGAUCUGACCGCAUCCCAAUUCGAAAUAUUCGGGACCGAACCGUACCGGGUACAUCUUCCGUUCUUUUCACAUGUUUGUUCUUCUUGUUGGCUGAAUAUUGUUCUUGUGCUCGAUCGUGUUUGUUCUUGCCGGUUCCUUUGGAGAUCUGGAUCCACUUCUCCAUCUUGUUAUUUCUUGAUCGCCUUGCCUCGGUGAGUAGGGGUUUUCCUGGGUUGAUCGGCUUUUCUUGUUCCGUUAUUGUUGCCUUGGAUGAAAUCUUUGGUCUGAGGGCGUCCCGAUUCAAAAUAUUCCGGACCGAAGCGGUUCGGUUCAUUAAGUUUCGUCCGCGGCCAAAGAGGUGGGGCAUUCUAGGUUUUAGGUUCGACGUUGUCUGUCGUCCUGAGCCCCUGUUCUUGAUAUCUCAUCGCGGUCGAGUGGCGCGGACGCGGAGUCAUGAAGGAGGGGGAGGAGCAGCAGGGGGGCCCCCAGUCGCCGCCCAGCAGUGUUGGUGUCGAUGGCGCCGUUGUCGACUCAGCGAUGCCAUCAUCCGAUCUCAAAGAAAGUCGAAAACUGCCUGGAACAGUUAAUUGGGGUACAGCAACUAUUGUUGGAGUAUUUGCAGGACUGCUAUAUGGUGGAAGCAAAGAGGCUUCUGCAUCUGUGAGCAAGGAUGCAGAAGUUAUGUUGAAGCUUGGGAGUACUCCAGACAAGCGUGAACAGUACAGAAUAAUGAGAGAUGCAAUGGAGAAAAGAUUCAUCCGUGUAGCUCGUGGUUCAAUUGUUGGUGGUGUUCGCCUUGGCAUGUUCACUGCAGCAUUUUAUGGCUUGCAAAAUCUUCUGGCUGAAAAGCGUGGUGUGCAUGAUGUGUAUAAUGUGGCUGGUGCUGGUUCUGCAACUGCUGCAAUGUUUGGUCUUAUAAUGCCAGGUUCCUUGAAGUGGCGUGCUAGGAAUGUGUUGCUUGGUUCAGUCCUGGGAGCUGGAAUUUGUUUCCCUUUAGGUUGGGUACAUCUGAAGUUGGUGGAGAAGGCAAAUGAAGAGAGAUUAAAUUCUAAACCUUCUGAUCUGGAUGAGGAGGAAGAGACUAAUAGAAGCCGUGUUGGUGCUGCCAUAGAGAGGCUUGAGGGGAACCUACGCCGGUAGCAGUUAUCUAUUACCUUGUGGAAGGAAAAAAUAAAGCAGACCAGGAGGAAAUAAGCAGGCAGAUAAGGCUCAGCUGAGCAACAGAAGAAUUUACUGGUUUUCCUGACCUUGCGCCGUGCGAGACAGUAUGGUUGAUCCAGAAUUUUCACUGAUUUCUUCCGGAGUAAUGAUUCUUUGCUCAAUCCAAAUCUUUUUGUGGUAAAACCACAAACUACUUGGUUUCCAUACACGGAAGGCCAAGGCCUGUCAGCCAUCAUGGAUAGAUGUUGUCUCGGUUAACAAAUGGUAAUGUAAUCGCUUUCCCACAAGAUCAGGAUGUUCUUGACAUUAAUAUUGUUUUUGUUGUGAUGAUGCUAAAUAGAGUAUAAGAAUAUUGGUUUCUGGUUUUAA